UCCAGAAGACAGAUAUUACAGGUUAUGAGUGUUGAAAAGAUGACGCCUACCUUAUCCCUAUUUGCAACCUCACUCCCCCACCAUGGCCUCCGACAACAGUGCAUCCACCGUUUUCGAUGCACCUCCCUCAUACGAUGCGAUUUAUAGCAUCCGUAUCAACAGAUUCCACUAGGUGUAAACGAUCAGCAUUUUCAUUCCUACAAUCCAAGCAAAAACGCCGCCAAGCUUUAGUUCUAUCUCGCAUCCAUGAAAUUGUCUCCUCUCCUGAUCUCAACGUUUCCUCUGUUUUGUCGAUUAUCAAAUCCUGUGCCGCUGCUCUCCCAACAGCAGAGUUCUCCAACCUGCUUCAAAAACGCAAUAUCGAGAGCCACACGGCGCUGUAUUGGGCGAUCGUAAACCACCAGCGAGAAGCCCUUUUGGAGCUGGUUAAAUUCAUUCCCAAAUUCUCACGUGCUUGCUCUGCCGACUUACGUCUUGCGUGCAUGACAGCGAGCGACCAUGAUUCAUUUAUGCUACUGAAUUUAGGGGAUAAUUUUGAUCCCAAGGAUAAGUCUUUGAGACGCAUACUGGGUUGUCUACGAGAUGACAUUCAAGUCUAUGAAUGGGACACUGCGGACCGCAGCAAAAACCAUUUCUAUGUUCGUUUCGUCUUCAGGAUGUUCCAGAAACGUUUGCGUAUUGCACGGAAAUUUGAAGUCGAAUUUGUUGCCCAGGGUAUGUGGACUAUGACUUUGGCUUGUUGUCCAUGCUGAUACGAAUACCCUAUGCCCUGAAGGACGUAUUUGGGUGUUGCGCUUUGAUAUGACGCUGACAGAAUACUGGUUUUUCGAGUUUCGUCUUUCCAAAGAUAGCUCGUCAGUGUAUCCAGAUGCCAUAUCUGAGAUUGAGGCCCACAAACCGCUACCUGGCUCGGAUACCCUGCAACCUCUAUGCUUUU